UACAAUAUGGCAGCUUAUAUAGGAAAUCAAGCACUGGAUCAACACUGUACUUCAAAACAAUCUCCUUCAACAGUUUGAGAAAAUCAAAGCUUCCUGAUGAGGAACAACCACAAAUUAUGCCAAAAGCUUCUAUUAAGGAGAUAAAGCAGGACAGAAAGAGGAGGAAGAAGAGGGAGAGGAAGAGGGAGGAAGAGAAAGUGAAGGAUGUAAAGGAGCAAAAGAUGAAAGAUAAAAUCUCAGUGAAAGUUCAAAUUGAAACCAAAGAACAAGGGACACAGACAGAUGGCCCAGAAAAAAGAACAUGGAAACUCCUGGAAUUCUGGAUUAAUAGAGAUCUAGAAAUACAGAGGCGGCGGGAGGAAGAACUAAGGGAGGAGGAAGAGUUUUUUAGCUGAAAAAACAACUAAAGCUACCCCAUAUGUCCUGCUUUAUCUCCUUGAUCUCCUGAUUUCCCUCCCUGGCCACACAAACACCCUCACCUGAUGCCAUCACGUGUUUACUGAGUGAUUAAUAAAUAUGGAAUUAAAUUAAAAACAAAUUGUUUUUUUUUCCAAAGUUUAAAACAGUACAUAGAUGUACAAGAAGAAAUGUAUACAUCAUCUCUUAGCGCACAUAGUAUAA